CUCCCUCAGCCGCUCCUCAUCAGACUUGUGCCCCAGACCCUUCCCCAGCUCCAUCGCCCAUCUCUGGACUCGCUCUAGCACCUCAAUGCGUUCCUUGUAGUGAGGGGCUCAGAACUGGACACAGCACUUGAGGUGUGGCCUCAGGACUACAAAUCCUCUUGUCCAGAUAACUGGUAAAUAUAUUAACUGGGACUGGUCCCAGUAGUGAGCCCUGGGGAACACCACUGGUGUCCAGCUACCAUUUGGAUCUAUCUCCAUUCAUAACCACAGUUUUCUACCCUUGUACCUGUCCAGGCCAUGAGCAGCCAGUUUCCCCAAGAUAAUGUUUUGAAUCUUGUACUUCUGCUGUUUCAUUACAAGAACUUCAACAAAGUGUAUGAGUGGGUAUCACAGUGAUUUGGAAUCAUGCUUUUGAUCUGAGAGAUCUUGAGUUUAUUCAGAUGCUGGUAUAUUUUUGAAACCACAAUUCAUUAUUCAUGCAGUAAGGUGGGUUCCAGUGCUUUAAUGAUGCUGAUGUGCUUAGUACAUCAUUCCUUCAGACUGUGGACUGGAUGCCUCCUGUCUCUACCCACUUAGGUGUGCCACUAGAAGUUAUCAUUCUGAAUCAUCCAUUGCCACUCCUGAGCUUGGGAGCCUCUGUUUCUCCUGAAACUCCCAGUGGAGCUGCUCAUGAAAACACACACAAGCCCUGCUUUCGUUAGGAUGAUCGAAAUGAGGUUAAGCAGUACGUAUUUGCUGAUCCAGCUCAUUUUGACAAAAGCCUUUCAGACCAUGUUUAUGUGAGCAGAGAGAUUUAGGAAAUAGUAUCUGGCAAAGGAGCACUGAUGAGCUGCCGAGGCUUGAGCUGGUGAAUGUGUCCUUUUUCACUAACACAAGGUUUUAAAGCUUUGUGUCUUUGUUACAUCUUCAGUGUACUGCAGUGCUGCUGCUGAUGUUGAAUUGGUACUGAUUAAAUUAGUCCUGUAAGAGAAGAAAUCAAUCAUUACUUCUCUAGCAAUUUUUAUAGUACUGUGGCUGUUAUUUGAAAGUGGUGCAAAACUCCACACUUGAAAAUUGUGUAGUUACUUAAAGCUGUGUUUUACCAAAGAUUUUAAAAUUUUAAAACCAAGAUUUUAAAGAAGCGUUGAAUAACAUGAUAUUCAGUGUUGAGUUAAUAAUACCCAGUUUGGGAACACUUAGUAAAUUUUCAAAAGUGGAUUUAAGUAUAUAAUAAAUAUAUUUCAGUAUACUUUCAGUAUAGGUGUGUAAAAUCCAUGGCAGAUUUGUAAGAUUGAAUUCUGAUUUGUUUUGUGGCAAUAGUAUUUUAUAUAUCACAAUUCAGAAAUAAACUGAUUGAUUUAGUGGGGUAGAAAGAAUUUAUUUUCCCAUGCAAGGGAAUACCUCUAGAAUGUUAAAACUAAAUCAGUGGAAUUUUAGGAACACAGUUAUUUGUUGGAAAACCAGCAUGUGAUAUUGUGUUCAAAGCUCAAAUUUUAAAACAUGCUACUGGAUAAUGGUAAAUAAAAUGCGAAAUGCUAAAUGUACCUUCCUGUUCAUUUCUGUGUUAUAGUAUAUUUAUGUCUUUGUGUUAUUAAUUAAAUGUUGAGCAUCAAAAAUUAAGCAAUGAGCUUUAAAAUGUCAACAGUAUCUUUAAAAGUAUUUUUUAUAUGCUUAUGUAAUAUCUUAGGGUAAGCUUUAAUGGUUUGGAAAACAAUAGGGCAAAAUAAAAUGAAAACAUUGUUGUCAAGGUCAUACUUUUUAAAGCAUAGUUAAAAAUUGGAAUUUUAAGGGAUUUAGACACUAAAGAGAAACUGCUAACAUUUAGUGGUGCAACAUCAGCAAUAUUUUUAUAAAUGCAUUGAGUCUCAGUUCAACAUUUAAACCGAUUUUACAGCAAGUAAAGUAAAAUGCUUCCUGGUUUAAUGAAAUAGAAUUUUAUGCUCCUACGUUAAACCUUUAUGAUUUGCUUCUUUACAUCAGCUGUUAUUUGCAUUUCUGUUGCAACCGUAGUGUAUAUAUAUGUUGACCUGCUCAGAAUAUGUGCCGUUAGUUACUUUGAAAUCUCAUUAAAAUUAUCCUGGAGGUGACUUUCAGUUCCUGAGGUUUGGAAUAUGUUAUUAGAGUUUUUGAGGAAAGACGGUUGGAAAGAGCCAAGUACUGGGGAGCAGCAGGCUAUGCAGAAUAAAAUAAUUCCGUUUGAGGCAAAGAUUUGUGUUUAUUAGCACUUCCUUUAAGAUGAAGUUUGGCCUUUUAAUUUUAAAUUAAAAACUUAGUGUUGAAUGAUGAGUUACACUUGAAAGUGAGAACUUCUUGGAACCAGAUGUUGCUUUUAGUUUUGUUUUUUAGGAAACCAUAAAGAAAUUAUAUAACAAAAAAAAUUGAAACAUGUUUAGCAGCUGCCUGAACAUAUUUUCUGGAUGUUGAUGUUGAAUGUGACUAUUUUUGGGGUUCAUGUGCUUUGAAAAUAGAUGGUGUCAAACCAGAGCCUUCAGGAUCACUGGAGAAUGCCACUUGCAUGUGUGGUAGGCUUCUAUUCCAUACUUGUGACCUGAAUAGCUGGAUGAGUUUCUGCACAGGAAUUGAAGGAGAGGGAAUAAAGUGAAAAACAAGCUAGGAAAUGUUACAAAAGUUCCGGAACAAAACUCAGAAAUCCCCCCAAGCCGAGAUGUGCUGUACUUGUUUAAGAAGGAUCAGAGGCAGAGCUUGGGCACAUGACCUCAAGCUACUCCAUGCAAAUGAGGAAGCGUAUCCUCAGGUUUUUGGCACAAAGGGUUCCUCGCUGUUCGAAGCAUGCUAUCAGCUAAACCAGUUCUGGAUGCAGUGCAGGCUUUGGCAGCAGAAGAAAUGCUUGGGUACUCUCUGAAGAUUGAAGGCGAUGAGGUUUGCUGGGAUGGGUAAUCUUCUUAAGGUCCUUACCAGGGAAAUUGAAAACUAUCCACAUUUUUUCCUGGAUUUUGAAAAUGCACAGCCCACAGAUGGAGAAAGGGAGGUCUGGAACCAGAUCAGUGCAGUUUUACAGGACUCAGAAAGCAUGCUUGCAGACCUUCAGGCUUACAAAGGAGCUGGACAAGAAAUUAGAGAUGCAAUACAAAAUCCCAAUGAUAUCCAGCUGCAAGAAAAAGCAUGGAAUUCAGUCUGUCCCCUGGUUGUAAGGCUAAAGCGCUUUUAUGAGUUUUCACUGAGAUUAGAGAAAGCCCUGCAGAGUUUACUGGAAUCCUUGACAUGCCCUCCCUACACGCCAACUCAGCACCUGGAACGGGAACAGGCUCUAGCAAAAGAGUUUGCAGAAAUCUUACAUUUUACUCUUCGUUUUGAUGAACUUAAGAUGAGAAACCCAGCAAUUCAGAAUGACUUCAGUUAUUACAGGCGGACAAUAAGUCGCAACAGAAUAAACAACAUGCAUCUAGACAUUGAGAAUGAAGUGAACAACGAAAUGGCCAAUAGGAUGUCCCUGUUCUAUGCAGAGGCCACACCAAUGCUGAAAACCCUCAGUAAUGCAACAACACAUUUUGUUUCAGAAAACAAAACAUUGCCAAUUGAAAAUACAACGGACUGUCUAAGUACUAUGGCCAGUGUAUGUAAAGUCAUGUUGGAAACACCAGAGUACAGGAGCAGAUUCACCAGUGAAGAGACCCUCAUGUUCUGCAUGCGAGUAAUGGUGGGAGUUAUUAUUCUGUACGAUCACGUUCAUCCUGUGGGAGCUUUCUCAAAGACAUCAAAGAUUGAUAUGAAGGGAUGCAUAAAAGUUUUAAAGGAACAACCACCUGACUCUGUGGAAGGACUUCUGAAUGCUCUCAGGUUCACUACAAAACACCUGAAUGAUGAAUCUACUUCAAAACAAAUUCGAGCUAUGCUGCAGUAGUAUCCAGAGACAAGUAGAUGUUUGUAUUGAUCACAGAAGAUGUGUAUGUUUACAUAAUUUAAUACAGUUUGAUGUUAAUACUUGUGUGUAUUUACAUAACCAUUUUCUUCACAUUGCUAAAAUAUAUAUCUGUUCAUAACCUAACUGACUUUAUAUAGUGCAACCUAAGUUUUUAUUCUAGCCUUUAUCUUUUGACUUUUAAACUACUUUUUUACUUAGAUACUUCAGUUAUGACAGUUUAUCUGUGCAUUUUAAUCCUUAAACACCUUCUCUAUCAGAGAAGUAAGUAGUAGUGAAAACAAAAUGGAAAUCAAACCGAAAUGUCAAAGGUACCACAGAAAAGGAACUUUAAAGAAGAAGAAAGUUAAUAUAAGAGAAAGUAAAAUUCAUUUUAUAUGUUUUAAAGAACAUGUGCACAUUUUUUUGGUCACUUUUAGGAUCUUGUCAAACUAAUAUGAAUAGGAGAAUACCUGAAUGUUCAUUGCUCUCAUGAAUGCAUUGUCUUUCCUGUAAUAAGUGGAGAUCCACCUAAUUUUUAGGGUUAUGUGCUGUCUGGAAUCCAAAAAUCUGUUUCAAACAGGUAAUUUUACCUUUUUACUGAAGUAUAACCUAUACCUUUCAACAACUGAGGAGAUUAAUAUCCUUUCUCAGAUGCAGUAUAAAUAAACAGAAAAUAUACUUAAAGAACAUUGAUAGAUUUUGAAAACUCUGUAUAAUUUUAUUAGACUUAGAAAGGAAAGGGAAAAUACUAAUGCCUUGACUUAACUGGAAAAGAUUUGUCAGUGUAAAUAUAUCACAGUAAACUAACUACCAGAGAGCUCUAGCCAGUAAGUAAUUUUUGGCUUAUCUAAACCAGUACACUCUUCUGUGGCAAACUUCCCUUGUGUCAAAUCAGCCUCAUCAGACUAGGGAUGGUUUAAAUUUAAGAGCUGAUCUGUUCUUAGGAACUCCAUUAAGUUCCUGAUAGUGUUAUUCAUUAGAUGGUUCAGAGUCACUACUCUUCACUGGCUUUUGAGAUGUGAUUGAUACUUCAAGAAGUUUCUUGCUGAGUUGUUUGUUCUUACUUUCUGGUAAAUUUUCCAGUUAAUGAAAUAGAAAUACUUUGCCAAAAGCAGCCAAGUGCUCAUGCUCUGUUAAGUGUGUCUCCUGAGUGGUCUGCAGUUGCUGUACAUAUUCUUGCAGAGAUCACAUUCUGAAAAUGUGUUUGAUUUUUGUGUACUUUGUUUGCAUGUAUGUGUGGAAACUCCAGUGCUUGUGCACAGAUUCAGAUUUGAAUUUGCUUAUUCCCAUAUAGAUAAAUCAGGGUUUGUGUGCUUUCACUGGAAUUUUCAUGCACAUCUCUUCUAAAAACAUUACCUUAGGACUUUGAAGAUGCAUUUGGUCUGCUGGAACCCGGCUGCACUGUGACAAACUGUCAUUGAACUCAGUCCUUAAACAGUAUUAAUGUCAUAAGUUCUCUGGAAUAAGGAUUGACUUGAGAGCUUAUUUCUGAGCAGAGCAACCCCUGUGAGGUUUCUCAGACCUGGUCAGAACCCACAGGUGCCAGUGUCAAUGCAUGUCCUGAUACUGGACAGCACCACAACUCCAGCACUCAUGUCACACCUCUGCAGGUGCAGCAGCCAGUUGCUAUGUUGUUGUCAGGGUGAGAGAACUCACUCACAUUAGAUCUUUUCCUUUUUCUGAAAGCAAUGACCACACUUUUUUCACAGUAGUAAAUCCACUGUUUACAGGCUCCAUUUCUAAUGGGCAGACAUUUAAAAAUGUAUGUGAGGGAAAAUCCUGCUUUGUUCAUAGUUACUUUCAGUUAGGUAAAUUAGGUGGAUGACAGGCCAUUCUGUUGAGCUUUGGUAACUGAAGUUAAUAUAUGCUUACCUGCAAUUUUUUGUCAAACAAUGAAGUCUUAUCUUUAAGUAGGCCAGAGGAAAAGCUAUCUGUCACUUGUAUAAUAAAAAUGUAAACCUUAAAGCAUUCUGUGAGUUGUCAUGUGCUGUUUGCUGAAGUCAUGGGAUUUCUUUGCCUGCUUUGAUGUUUUUGUACAGAAGUUUGUUUCAAAUAAUAAAAAAUUUGGUAAAGAAA